AUGGCUUACUCUGGAAAUGGGGAGUACGAUGAGCACAAACUCCAAGAUCUCCCUCCCGGGAGCACACACGACGAGGAGGAUGGUGGAAAUCUUCCCUUACUCCAUCAAGCACCUCACCCAGGUCCCUUCGCGAGUCCCUACGACGAUUCAAACCUUCGAGUUGCUACCCCUCCCGUGAGGCCAGUAUCCGCCUACAGUCUCACAGAAUCGUAUGCUCCGGGUGCCACAACCACACCAUUCAGCAGCAGCGAAUAUGGCAGCAGCUCGACGGCAUACGGUCAACCAGAGACAGGUCCAUAUGCGCGGGUCGGCUCUCCCUACUCGAGGGCCGAGACUGAUUCCACCGAAGCAUGGCGCCAGCGACAGGUUCCUGGAGCUGGUGGUCUCAAGCGUUAUGCCACAAGGAAGGUUAAAUUGGUCCAGGGGAGCGUCUUGAGUGUCGACCAUCCCGUUCCUAGCGCCAUCAAGAAUGCCAUACAAAAAAAGUACAGGGAUGAUCUAGAGGGAGGCAGCGAGGAGUUUUCACACAUGCGGUAUACAGCUGCCACCUGCGAUCCUGACGAGUUUACCCUAAAGAAUGGCUACAAUCUACGACCCGCGAUGUACAAUCGCCAUACCGAACUUCUGAUCGCCAUUACCUACUACAAUGAAGACAAGCAGUUGACGGCUCGUACGUUACACGGUGUGAUGCAAAACAUUCGCGACAUUGUGAACCUCAAAAAAUCCGAUUUCUGGAACGUGGGCGGACCUGCCUGGCAAAAGAUUGUGGUGUGUCUCAUCUUUGAUGGUAUCGAUCCCUGUGACAAGGAUACUCUUGAUCUUCUCGCAACAGUCGGAGUUUACCAAGACGGUGUCAUGAAGAAAGAUGUCGAUGGCAAGGAGACUGUGGCCCAUAUUUUCGAAUAUACCACACAGUUGUCUGUGACCGCAAACCAACAAUUGAUUCGACCCUCGGAUGACUCGGACAAUACUCUCCCACCUGUACAAAUGAUGUUCUGCUUGAAGCAAAAGAACAGCAAGAAGAUCAACUCCCAUCGAUGGCUCUUCAACGCGUUUGGUCGUAUUCUAAACCCUGAGGUCUGCAUUCUUCUCGAUGCAGGUACGAAGCCUGGACCGAAAUCUUUACUAUCUCUCUGGGAGGGAUUCUAUAACGAUAAGGACCUUGGAGGAGCAUGUGGUGAAAUCCAUGCAAUGUUGGGUAGGGGAGGUCGCAAACUUCUCAAUCCCUUGGUGGCUGGUCAGAAUUUUGAGUACAAGAUCAGUAAUAUUCUUGACAAACCACUCGAGAGCUCUUUCGGAUAUGUCAGUGUCUUGCCCGGAGCAUUCUCUGCCUACCGAUUUAGAGCAAUCAUGGGUCGACCUUUGGAGCAGUACUUUCACGGCGAUCAUACCCUUUCCAAAGUGUUGGGGAAGAAAGGAAUUGAAGGGAUGAACAUCUUCAAGAAGAACAUGUUCUUGGCCGAGGACAGAAUUCUCUGUUUCGAAUUGGUUGCCAAAGCCGGGUCGAAAUGGCAUUUAACAUACAUCAAAGCCGCGAAAGGCGAGACUGAUGUCCCUGAAGGAGCCCCUGAAUUCAUUGGACAGCGUAGAAGAUGGCUCAACGGUUCAUUUGCAGCAAGCAUUUACUCCAUCAUGCACUUUGGCAGAAUGUACAAGAGUAGCCACAACAUUGUGCGGAUGUUUUUCCUCCACAUCCAACUGCUCUACAACAUGUUCUCCGCUGUCAUGUCUUGGUUCAUGCUGGCAUCUUACUGGCUGACCAGUACGGUUAUCAUGGACCUUGUAGGACAGCCUGUUGCGGCAUCUGCUACAAGUGCGGCUCACCACGGCUGGCCUUUCGGUGACAAAGCGACUCCUAUCAUCAAUACUAUCCUUAAGUACCUCUAUCUCGCAUUCCUGAUCACGCAGUUCAUUCUCGCACUUGGAAACCGACCAAAAGGCUCAAGGAUCACUUACAUCCUAUCGUUCAUUGUCUUUGGUGUCAUCAACCUCUACGUUAUUGUUGAUUCCAUGUAUCUGGCCGUCCGUGGUAUCGCUGGUACGAGUAUAUCUACCGACAGUGCCGAUGAUUUUUUCAAGAGCUUCUUUGGUUCGUCCAAUGGUUCUGGAGGCAUCAUCAUUAUUGCAUUGCUCGCUACGUAUGGUCUCUACUUCGUCGCCUCGUUCCUGUAUCUCGACCCAUGGCACAUGUUCACUUCCUUCGGCCAGUAUCUACUGCUCAUGUCAUCUUACAUCAAUGUUCUCAUGGUGUAUGCCUUCAGUAACUGGCACGAUGUCUCCUGGGGUACUAAAGGAUCUGACAAAGCCGAUGCUCUUCCUUCUGCGCAAACAACAAAGGUUGACGGGAAGGCAGCUGUGAUUGAGGAGAUCGAUAAACCACAGGAGGAUAUUGACAGUCAGUUCGAAGCUACAGUGAAGCGGGCGUUAAAGCCUUUCGUGCCUCCGGUGGAGGAUGAGAAAAAGACGCUUGAGGAUUCUUAUAAAUCCUUCAGGACGAAGCUUCUGAUGUGCUGGGUCUUUUCGAAUGCUAUAUUGGUAGUUAUUAUCACCAGCGAUAGUGUUGAUAGUUUUGGGUUCGGGGACAAAGCAUCCAUCCGUACAGCCAGAUUCUUCGAGGUUCUGCUAUACGCAACUGCUGUCUUGUCCUGUGUUCGUUUCAUUGGGUGUCUUUGGUUUUUGGGAAGAUCUGGUAUUAUGUGUUGCUUCUCGAGACGUUGA